GCCCAAUUGGAAAGUUAUUCGACGAAUUAUCACACGGUUGUACCAUCAAAAACUCACUGUGAAUAUAUCGAGCACGAACAAUAACAAAAUUAAAACAAAAAAUGAACAAUAGCUUGAUCUGUCAUUUCGAUGUUAUUUCGAAAUCAAACUUUCACUAACGAAUUCCCAACACAAAAACCGUGUUCGCUAGUUUUAAUCAGCUUAUAUAUCAGGUGGUGAAAAAGCUGAUUAAAAAUUCUCGAGAAUUUCGUGCGUUUUGACGAUUUUUUAGUGCUCUUCAAUAUGAUAGAAAAAAAUGAACAGCCUGAGGAAGAAAAUACUGAUGAAAAACGUGUGAAUUUCUUGAGUCAAAAAAGAACAUCUCUCCAGGAAUCGUCUUUAAAGAUACAAGAAGAAGUAAGACUCUGUUUCGAACAAUUAGCAAAAGUUUUAAGAACAAGAGAGAAACAAUUGAUGCGUCAGGUUGAAGCAAUCCACAACCAACAAUUGAGCAUAAUCCAAUCCAAUCAAGAACUCUCAUGGUGUGUCCCAGCGAUACAAAUAAAUUUAUCCAAAAGACAGGAUCUUGAGGAUUGUAUCUUAAAAUUUGGAGAAUUGUUAUCGUCUACUGGAAAUGGAAUAGAAGUAAAAGAUGCCGAACCUUAUAAGAUCGAGGAUUAUGUGGAAGCAAAUAAAGACCAUGUGACAUUGGAUAAAUGUAUAGAUGUGGAAUGUUGUAACGAAAGGAUGAAGGAAAUAUCUGAAAAAUUAAAUGAUUCUUCCAACAGUUUUUGUGAACUGAGUUUCAACGCUAGUUCAGAAGCUGACACAACAUCUGAAAAUGAAAUAACAGUGCUAAUGAAUCACAAUUAUUCUAACGAUUUUUUAAGUCCUCAAAAAACUAAAAACCAACAACUACUGAACAAUUCUUCAACAUGGGAAUUAGAAGUCACUACACAGAUAACUGAGAAUCUAAUUUUACCUGGAACACAGAGGAACAAUGACUCUUUGAUGAAAGAUGAUUGCAACAAUUCCAUGAUAAACUCGGAUAAGAAUCUUUGCUGUUCCAUUGAAUCUGGAUCACCCGUAGAAACUUUGGACGCCAAUGCUGAUGUUUCAACGAUGAGAAAAUCUCAAGAUGGAGAAAAACAUCCCAAGCAAAUACAAGAGUGGUUGGAACAGAUUUUAGUGGAAACUGAGACUGAACCGACGAUCCAUGAGAUCGAACAAUUUGCCGAAAUUUCCAAAUCUCGAUUCAAGGAAUUUUCGUUUCCCCUUGAAACGUAAAGUUCACUCUGAACCGUCCAGUUUCCAAGAGGAAACACGUUCGUUUUCGAAAAGUCCCGACAUUGUCACAUUCACAUUUUUGUGUCGCUUCAAAUCGUUCUGAUCGUAUUUUAUGCUUGGGACCAACUUUUCCAUGGUAUUCGUAACUAAAAAAUGAAAGAUAUACAAGAAAACAACCAAAAAGUCUGAUUUUUCAGCUAUACUCUCUAAGAAUCGUUGUAAAUUCAUUGCUUCUUCUUCUCCGCCCAUAUUUGUAUCUCUUUCAUCGAUUUUUGCCCAGUACUUAAUAUUUAUAUUGUAUACGUCCGUCGUCGUGUACGUUUUUUCAUUUUUUCAAUAUGUAUACGCGCGUGUAUGAAAUGUACACAUUAUGGUUGAAUUAAAUUUGAUCAUAGAGA